GGUAACGGAGGAGGAGAGGGCUUCAAGACGCUUCUUGGCCUGCUCCGUCUACCCUGCCCUCCUUCUUGUCCUCAAGCUCCUGGGGACUCCUGGAGAGAGGCUGGAGCCAAGACAUGGCCUCACACUGCUUCUGUCCUCAGCAGGCCUCAGAGGGAGGGAGCUACCAGCCAGGCAAAACCCAGACUGCUGUCACCAUGACAACCAGCCAUCAGCCGCAGGACAGGUACAGGGCCGUAUGGCUCAUCCUCUUCAUCCUGGGGCUGGGAACACUGCUCCCCUGGAAUUUUUUCAUGACAGCCUCUCUGUAUUUCACAAACCGCCUGGACAAGUCCCAGAAUGUGACCUCGGCUGCCACCGAUAACCUGAACCACAAUGUCACUGCCUCGAACUCCACACACCCUCUGGCCCGGAAUUCCCUCAGUGCCAUCUUCAACAAUGUCAUGACCUUGUGUGCCAUGCUGCCCCUGCUAGUCUUCACCUGUCUCAACUCCUUCCUCCACCAGAGGAUCUCCCAGUCUGUUCGGAUCCUGAGCAGUCUCAUAGUCAUCCUGCUGGUGUUUCUCAUCACCGCCAUAUUGGUGAAGAUUCCUAUGGAUGCACUGCCCUUCUUCAUCAUUACCAUGGUCAAGAUCAUGCUCAUCAACUCAUUUGGUGCCAUCCUGCAGGGCAGCCUCUUUGGUCUAGCUGGUCUCCUGCCCGCUAACUACACAGCUCCCAUCAUGAGUGGCCAGGGUCUAGCUGGCUUCUUCGCUGCUGUGGCCAUGAUCUGUGCCAUUGCCAGUGGUUCCGAGCUGGCUGAAAGUGCCUUCGGCUACUUCAUCACAGCCUGUAUGGUUAUCAUCCUGACCAUCCUGUGCUACCUGGCUCUGCCUCGGCUGGAAUUCUACCGCUAUUACCAGCAGCUGAAGCUCGAGGGCCCUGGGGAACAGGAGACCAAGUUGGAUCUCAUUAGUAAAGGAGAGGAGCAAGGCACAAGCAAAGAGGCCAAACUUUCAGCCUCCAACACUCAGCCCGUCGGCAAAAGUCACUCUGUCCUCACCAUCCUCCGACAAAUUUCAGUUCCGGCUUUCUCUGUCUGCUUCAUCUUCACUAUCACCAUUGGGAUAUUUCCCUCCGUGACCGCCGAGGUCCGCUCCAGCAUUGCAGAGAACCACGCUUGGAAGAAUUACUUCAUUCCUGUGUCCUGUUUCUUGACUUUCAAUGUGUUUGACUGGUUGGGCCGUAGCCUCACAGCCGUAUGCAUGUGGCCUGGGAAGGACAGCCUUUGGCUGCCAGGCCUGGUACUGGCCCGGGUGGUAUUCGUGCCCCUGUUGCUGCUGUGUAACGUCCAGCCCCGCUACUAUCUGCCCGUGUUCUUCGAGCACGACUCCUGGUUCAUCCUCUUCAUGGCUGCCUUUGCCUUCUCCAACGGCUACCUCGCCAGUCUCUGCAUGUGCUUCGGACCCAAGAAAGUGAAGCCAGCUGAGGCAGAGACGGCCGGAGCCAUCAUGGCCUUCUUUCUGUCUCUGGGCCUGGCGCUGGGUGCGAUCUUCUCCUUCCUGUUCCGGGCGAUUGUGUGACCAUGGACGGACAGCUGGAAAGACUGUAUUGGCCGCCUGCUUCCACUCUCUCUUCCAGGGAUGGGCAGGCGUGGACUGGAGGUUUCUCUUCAAGUGUGGCGUGUGCUUUCUCUCAGCCCGUGCUAGGCUGGGGACACUGUGGACCUGAGGGUCAGAGUGGAAGGGGGUCCCCACACUUGGCAUUGACUGACCCCUCUCUGAACAGGACAGCUCGGGCUUAGGCGGACGAACGCGUGUGUCUGUCAGUCCAAAUAGUCUUUGGCUGAAGGCUAGAACUGUCUGUCCUAAGGUUCCAUCUGAUACUUCCCCCCUCCUCCCCAUGCUCCCCUGUUCAGUUGCCAUUAUACUGCCUUUUUUAUACUCAACAGAAACCAGGUGCCUUCAGAGGCUCUCUGAUUAAAUAAACAUUUUUUUUUUU